AUGAAUAACAAUUAUUACGGUACGCAGCUCACUGCUGAGCAGCUGCAGCGGCAACAACUCGCCACCCACCAGCAGCAGCGCCAACAGCGACAGCAACGGCACCAUCAACAGCAACAGCGGCAACAGCAGCAACAGCAGCGACAACAGUAUCAUAACGCCGGACAACAACAAACAGCAGUCAUUGGGGGCAGGCCGCCGAUGGGACAAGAUGACCCGAUGUCUGCCAUAACCGACUCCCCGAUGUUGGAUGGGGACUCUUUAGAUGAUAUCAUUCGUGAAAAUACCCACGAACUUCAAAGGCGAAGAAGCAUUACUCAUCCGUAUUCUCCACAGGCUUUAGAAUCUGAUGGGCGGCGGCUCUCGAUGUUGGAAUUCGGCAACAACAAUGAUGCGUUUAACUACCAUUUUGGAAAUAUGAACUCCUUACAAGACAACCCAAUGGGAAAUGGCUUCAAUGCCAUGGGGAACUCAGCCAUGGGCAAUAUGGGAUUGACAAACUCCGCUACCGGUCAAUAUGACCAAGGAAAUGCCAACAUGGGUAUGAUGGGCAUGUCUGACUCGAACGACUUCUCAACCCUGUCGCCCGAAAUGCUCGGGAACAUGGUCGCCUUCUCAUCCUUGAAUAUGAACCCCGUGACAACGAGCCCGACAAGUAUGGGGCCGAUGUUCGCAUCAGGGCAACUCGGGGAUCAGUACAUGAAUAACGCUGUUUCAAUGGAUAAUAUGGGAUCUGAUGGAUUUGGCAUGAACAUGCUGCCAGAAACCCUUCCGACCACCAAUGACACGAGAAGAAUGAUGAACACGCAGGACGACGACUCGGAGAUGCUCAACUCCGGCCAGAAUUUUAACUCAAACACUGGGCCGGCCCCGGAUGGAGCCCAUGUGCAAGCAGCUAUGAACAUGCAAGGCCCAGCGGCGCCCAUGUCGAUGAAAACCCCACCACAGGUGCCCGCUGGGCCGCACGGAGCUUCCGAUCUGUCUUCAAACAGAGACGCCACAGCACUUUCGACUCCGCCGACGAGUAUAGGGCCGUCGACGACACCAUCUGGUGGGGUCGCAAAAUCCAAGAGCAUAUAUUCAAAGACAGGAUUCGACAUGGUUCGGGCGUUGUACAUGGUUGCAACAAGAAAAAAUCCUCAAAUCAACCUCGGGGCCGUCGACAUGUCAUGCGCCUUUGUGGUUUCUGACAUCAACUUACCGGACUGUCCUAUUAUUUAUGUCUCGAGCAACUUCCAGAACCUAACAGGUUACAGCGAGCACGAAAUCAUUGGCAAGAACUGCCGUUUUCUGCAAGCUCCAGAUGGGCAGGUGGAAGCAGGGGUAAAGAGGGAGUUUGUCGCGGAUGACGCUGUCUUCAGCCUCAAAAAGGCCAUUGCCGAACGCAAGGAGAUUCAGCAGAGUCUGAUCAACUACCGCAAAGGUGGCAAGCCAUUCCUCAACCUGCUCACCAUGAUUCCCAUCCCAUGGGAGGAGCAGGAGCUUCGUUAUUAUAUAGGUUUCCAGAUCGACGUUGUAGAGUGCCCAGAUGCUAUUGCUCAGCAAGAGUUUGGCGGGCAGAUGCAGAUCAACUAUAGGCAUAUGGACAUGGGCCAGUAUAUAUGGACUGGUCCGCCUCUGGGGGCCGACCCGACGAUGGCGCUGGAGCAAGACAGCAGUCAAACACUCUCGGCUGACGACGUCUCGGGGCUGCUGCGGCAGGCCAAGCCCCAAGGCCUGGCCUCCGACUGGCACCGCCAAUCCUGGGACAAGAUGCUUCUCGAAAAUUCGGACGAUGUCGUACACGUCUUGUCUCUCAAGGGAACGUUCCUUUACCUGUCACCAUCGUGCAAGAAGGUACUUGGUUACGAUGCAGCUGAGCUCGUGGGACCCAACACGCAGGGCACGGGACUCAUGUCAAUAUGUCAUCCGUCAGAUCUGAUACCUGUUAUGAGGGAGCUCAAGGAUGCGACACCAACGAAUCCGAUCGUCAACACGGUCUAUCGUAUCUCUCGAAAAAAGACAGGAUACACAUGGUUCGAGAGCCACGGCACCCUAUGCGUUGAGCCCGGCAAAGGCCGGAAGUUUAUCAUUCUGGUUGGACGCAAGCGACCGGUAUAUCACCUGAGCAAGAAGGACGUAGAGGCGAAUGGCGGCAUUGGUGACAGCGAACUGUGGACUAAGCUGUCCGUCUCUGGCAUGUUCCUGUUUGUAUCAUCUCAUGUACGGUCUCUGCUCGACUUGCAACCUCAGGAUCUCGUGGGUACAAGCAUACAGGAUCUCAUGAGGAAAGAGUCGAGGGCAGAGUUCGGGCGCACAAUCGAGAAGGCCCGCAAGGGCAAGAUUGUGACGUGCAAACAUGAGGUACAGAAUCGCAGAGGCCAGGUCUUGCAGGCGAGCACGACUCUAUACCCUGGUGACACACCUGUAGGCCAAAAGCCUACCUUCAUCCUGGCACAGACGAAAUUGGUCAAGGCAUCGUCGAGGUCGAGUGCCUCGGCGGCUAGCGGCAGAAAAGCCCAGCAUAAUACGGUCAGUUCCGAGUCGAAUGUGGCUGCUGAAGGAAAUGGACCACCGACAGACAGGUCGGUGUCCACAGAUGCCCUCUCGAGUACUGUUUCCAAGGACAGAACAUCCGCUGCAUCGAGCAAGGGUCAAGAGAAUCCUACCACAAUCAGCGAUCAGGCGGCUACGGGACUGCCCCUCAACUACCCCAAGCCUGACGACAAUAUCUUUGUUGAGCUGGGGCCGACACGCUGCACAAGCUGGCAGUACGAACUGCGACAGAUGGAGAAGGACAACCGACUUUUGGCCGAGGAGUUGGGUCAGCUGCUCUCCAACAAGAAGAAGCGGAAACGACGGAGAAGCGCCGGGUUGGUGCGUGACUGCGCCAACUGCCACACUCGGAGCACACCAGAGUGGCGCAGGGGGCCGAGUGGACAACGUGAUUUAUGUAACAGCUGCGGACUUAGAUGGGCCAAACAAGUUGGCCGUGUAUCACCUCGGACGUCAUCUAGAGGAGGUGGAACCAAGGAUGACUCGAACAGUAGGAAGUCGAAUUCUCCAUCACAUCAAUCGCCGCUCCAGCGAGAAUUCUCCUCGGAUGCAAACGUGGCGAACAACUCUCCGUCUUCGUACCAAGCCAUGGGCGCGUCAGCCUCGGACGCCGCGGAUGCAGGAUCAGGCGCUGGCGUGACCCCUACCAUCAGCACUUCCCAAGGCUCUAUGCCGCCGCAGAGCCAGCCUCUUCUAGAGGGUGGCAGCGGAUACGGCGGCGGCGGCAUGGAGAUGACGUCAAUUUGUGAGGAGUAG